CUGACACACCGAGCAACGUGCUGCUGACUUCAGACUGGAACAGACGGCGCAAAGUCACAUCAAAGAUGCAGAGGUGCUUUGGAUUUUUUUGCGUGUCGCUCAUCUUUUGCGCAACUCUGUCUGAGACCAUCGGACUGGUCAUUGCGGUAAGAUUCAACACUUGUGCUGUUACUGUGCCAACCAAACUGCGUCACCUAAUUCAGAUAAAGGAUUCUCCCAGUGCCAGAGGCAGAGACGAGCUGGUCACUCAAUAUGGAAUAGAUGGACACAGGACACUAGGAGACAAGCCAGGUCUGGCUGGCAAGAGGGACAUGGGCCAGGAGGAGGACUUCAGAACAGGUUCCCUCAGAAUAGCAGAUGGAGACAUCAUCCACACUGUCAUCGACUUCCUGUCAUACCUCAAACUUAAAGAGAUGGGAGCCCUGGACAGCCUGCCUUCCUCUGUGACAUCAGAUGAAUUGGCCAAUCCCUAAAGUUUCUGCCUCUCUACAGUUCAUCUCUCUCUACCCAAGUCUAUCUUUCUGCUGUCUGGGCUCCUGCCGCCCUAAAUGUCACCUUAUUGUAGCUCCAUUCACACUCUGACGCUGAUUUUGUCCUGGUACCAAAGAUCUGAUUCUGUAACUCUUUGUGACAGAGAUCGAUUGUCCCCCAAUAAAAAUAUCAGAUCUUUCUGCUCUUGUGUAAAUAAAACUUUACAUCUGCCGAAGUUCAGUCAGUGUCUACUGACUGUAAGUGGAUGUAGGUAAUAGGGACUUCUGUUCAGAAACCAACACUGUAUUAUCAUCUUAAUAUUUUAUCAUCUGAUCUAAGAGAAUGGAGUGAAUAAACA